AUGCCUCAGACCUCGCGUCCAGGCGAGCAGCCACCGGCGGUUUCGGGGCCUGUCGAGGGGCAGCGGCUGCGGGCAGGAUGGGCAUCUCUCUUCCGCUUCACGUCUAAGAGGCAUAUUGCUCCUUUGACUCUUGCUCUGGCCUUUAGCAUAGCCCGUGGGCUUGCUGUCCCUUUGCUUGCCUGGAUACUAGGCAGCCUGUUUAAUGUCUUUUCAAGUUUCGGUUCUCACUCGAUCUCUGCUGGCCAGCUGCUAUCGACUACCUCCCUCGAAUGUACAUAUAUUUUGGCCCUUGGGUCUGGUGUCUGGUUUCUGGACUGGGCAUAUUUCUCCUUGUGGGUUAUCUUUGGCGAGCUACAGGCUAAAAAUGCGAGGAGAUGGGCAUUUGAAGAGUUACUACACAAGGAGAUGAGAUGGUUUGAUGGAGUCACCGACGGGCUCCCUGCCGUUUUACCCCGGAUUCAAGCCUACAUCCGAGAUCUCCAGCUAGCCACGUCACAGCCGCUAGGAGCCACUCUAUACAACCUUACUGCUGCUAUUGCCGCUCUGGUCCUGGCUCUGUACAUGUCGUGGAGUCUGACACUUAUAUGUCUUGCUAGUGUACCGCUCUGUGCCAUCAUCAUUGCCUUCUUCUCCUCAAAGGUCCAACCAAAGAUUGAAGGGCAACAGGUAGCACUCACUAAGGCGUCGAAAAUUGCAACGACAGCCAUUUCUUCCGUUGACGUGGUAAAACACUUCAACAGUCAAGAUACAGAGGCUGAAAAGUACAAAACUGCAAUUGGCAUCGCUGCUCAUUGGUACUACAAAGAGGCUCUCUACAGUGCUUCUCAGAUUGGCCUAAUUUCCUUCCUAACAUUUGGAAUGUUCGUGCAGGGAUUUUGGUACGGCAGUUAUCUUGUGGCAAAGGGUAGUCUGAAUGCUGGUCAAGUGUUGACAACAUUCUGGGCCUGUUUACAAGCAACACAAUCAAUAGAGGAGAUUAUACCCCGACUGAUUAUCCUCGAAAAGGGACGGACGGCCUCGGCUACUAUUAAGCAAAUAUUCAAUGAUGCUUGCCAUGCAUGCGCAUCGCGGGAGCUUGGAGGCGUCACUCUUUCCCCUGUCUUCUGUGAAGGCGAUAUUCGAUUUUCAGAGGUUACAUUUGCAUACCCAUCUCAACCUGGGAGAAGAGUCCUAGACAAUUGCUCUUUCUUCUUCCCAGCGGGCGAUACAACUUUCGUUGUUGGCAAAAGUGGCUCAGGGAAGAGCACUAUCGGAAAUUUGCUUAUGAGAUUCUAUGCACCAACGUUUGGUGAAAUUCAUAUUGAUGACAGGCUGAUCCAGACUCUAGAUAUCAGCUGGAUUCGCAAUAACAUUACUCUUGUUCAGCAGGAAAGCAUUCUUUUCAAUGAGACAAUGCUGAAAAAUAUCACGUUCGGCUCACGCAAUGUUGAAGAAACGACUGCUCAGGAUAUAUUUGCAGCCACAAAACUUGCAGGUCUGCAGGAUACCAUCCUUAGUUUCCCAUUAGGACUCGACACAGUUGUUGGCUCGGGUGGUAGGUCCCUGAGCGGAGGGCAGCGACAGAGGAUGGCAUUAGCUAGAGCCAGGUUACGGGAUACCCCUAUAUUGAUACUCGAUGAGUCUACCAGUGCCCUAGACUAUUCAAGUAGGAUCUCCCUAAUGAACGCAAUUCGCGCAUGGCGACAAGGAAAGACCACCAUCAUCAUUACGCACGACCUUUCACAAAUUCGGUCUCAGGAUUUUGUGUAUGUCAUUGACAAAGGAGAAAUAGCCCAUCAGGGAUACAGACAUAUCCUUGAGAAGAAGGCAGCUGGUGUGUUCGAUCUUAAUAAUCUUGCGACUCUGCCAACAGACACCACGCCAGCUACCUCUAAUUGGAGCGCGAAAUCUCCAGGUCCCAUGUCAGAAAAAAGGAGAAGAUCAAGCUUCAGCAGUAUAGAGCGGCCAAUGACUGAACGACGUUCAUUAACCACUCCUAUUUCUCCGUUUUUUCAUAACAGCCUUUCUCUCGAGAGGACAUUUUCUGAGGCGGAGCAGAGCAGUCAGUCAAGGAGAAGCAGUAUGGUUGAACGUCUCAUUGACCACACGAGCCCCAGGUUCAGAAAGGCCCCGUUAGAUGCAUUGGACGACCAAAGAGUCGAAAAAGACUUAGAACAACCGCCGUCAGCGACCAGUGACAACCAAACGUCUUCGCUCUUGAAACCAAAUAACGAGCCAUUGCAAACAAGUUACUCGAUGUCACAGAUUCUCUUGACCGUGAUACCAUCGUUAUCAACUUCAAACCGAAUGUCGUUACUUCUCGGCUUUAUCGCUGCCUUUUUCCACGCAGCUGCAACGCCAUGUUUUUCUUACGUAUUCUCACAGCUAUUAACCACUUUCUUUAUCGUCGAAAACAGAUCUCGACUGGCAAUGCAAUGGGCUCUUGCUGUAUUGGGUGUAGCUGUUGUUAAUGGGAUAGCAUCCUUCUUCAUGCACUAUCUUCUGGAACGAUGUGGCCAGGCCUGGGUCGACCAAUUCCGUUACAAAGCCAUUCGCCGAAUCUUACAACAGUGCAAGUCUUGGUUUGAGAAGGACGAGAACAGCCUAUCAAACUUGACCCACUGCUUAGAUCGGAACCCGGAGGAAAUGAGAAACAUCGUCGGGCGGUUUGCUUGCUUCAUGUUUGUUGCUGCCGUUAUGACACUGAUCGGAUUUAUCUGGGGAGUGGCAGUGUGCUGGAAACUGGCAUUAGUUGGUGCUGCUACGGCACCCCCUUUAUAUGGUUUGACAAGGUUAUAUGAAAAAAUCAGCGGGUUUUGGGAGAACAAGUCGAAUGAAGCGAGCGAGAUAAUGGCAGGCGUGUUCACGGAGACGUUUCUCGAUAUUCGCACAGUUCGAUCACUGACAUUGGAGUCAUACUUCCAUACUAAACACAACAAAUCCAAUGGGAAGGCCUUGACAGUUGGUAUCAAGCGGGGGUGCUAUUCUGGUUUGCUCUUUGGAUUCUCAGAGUGUUCAAUUCUUUUCGUUUAUGCUCUUAUAUUUUAUUAUGGGGCUAUCCUCGUAUCCAGUUCUCAGUAUUCAGCUAAGGAUGUUUUGAUGGUCUUCUCAAUGCUACUUUUUAGCAUGGCAAAUGUGAGAGGAGUGCUCUCCCUGGUUCCCCAAAUUAGUUCUUCGAGAGACUCUGCAACCAGGGUAUUGCAUCUAGUUAACAUGCCAGAAGACCAGUCGCAUGAAGGUCAAGGAAAUCUCCGCAUCCAUGACUUAAUGCCUCUUAAUUUUAAAGACGUGGGUUUCAGUUAUCCAAACCGACCGGGCAAGAAAGUCCUUAAUAACUUCAACCUUAAAAUCCCCAAGGGCUCGUGUACUGCAAUUGUGGGACCUUCUGGCUCUGGGAAAUCAACCAUUGCAUCUUUGUUACUUGCUCUUUAUCCAUCUCCACCGUCGGCGGGUAACAUUGGUACUAUCACACUCGGCGGUGUGAACAUUCGCAAUAUUCAUGUCCCGACUCUCCGGUCGUUGAUAUCGAUCGUCCCCCAGGACCCGACACUCUUCCCAGCAUCUAUCAAAGAAAAUAUUGUCUAUGGCCUACCUGAACACUCUUCACUGAAUACCUUUGCCAAUAUUCAAGCUGCUGCCACAGCAGCCGGAAUCCACGAUUUCAUAUCCUCCUUGCCAUCAGGAUACGAUACUCUUGUUGGAGAUGGUGGAGUUGGUGUCUCUGGCGGCCAGGCGCAGAGAAUAGUGAUUGCCAGGGCACUCGUUCGCAGACCACGGCUCCUAAUACUCGACGAAGCAACGUCUAGUCUUGAUGUUGAGAGUGCAACUGUGAUAAAACAAACGGUAGCGAGGCUGAUGGCUUCUGGAAAGAGUUUGACAGUGAUAAUAAUCACACACGCAAAGAAUUUGAUGGAGUUGGCUGAUAAUGUAGUUGUUGUGGAUGGCGGGGCUGUAGUUGAAGAAGGGACGUUCUCUGGCCUGAGUAGUCGAAGUGGUGGAAGACUGAGGCGUUUGCUAAGAAUGCAGCUGUAA